UCACCUGCCCCGCCCCUGUGGGCCCCCAAGUCUGACACCUGGUUAAUGUUCAGCCUGUGCGGAGGGGUGUCUUUCCCUAGGAGGACAGCACAGCAGGAGGAGCGGCCAGCAGGACAGGGGAGGGAUGAUGAACAGAUUUAAAAAGAAGUGGGAUUUCCAGCUUUGUGUCCCCUGGGAGCAGAUUAGGGAUCGCCAAAUGAUUUCCUUCUAAUUCCACCUCUGUUUUCACAUUGAUGCCAAGAAUGUGGACUUAAGCAACUGUGUAACUUGCUCAAGGUUACACACUAAGCAGAACUUGUUCUAGAACCGGAGGCUCCUGACUCCCAGACACAGCAUCACACAGCCUAACACAUGGCACACUGCCAGCCUGGACUUCAGCCAGGUUGCUUGGCUAGGCCUCAGUUCCUCCAAGUUCACCACAGCCCAUUAAACCUUCCCUCCCUUGGCUGGCCGUUCCUGUUUUGCUUUCUCCAAGGAGAAAGGCAGUCCUUCAGUCAUGCGAUUGCCCCUCUGACCUCCCUCUGUGCCCCCAGAAAGCUUGAUUUAAGAAGAUCACCUUGGUCUUCCCUGGUGGUGCAGUGGUUGAGAGUCCGCCUGCCAAUGCAGGGGACGCGGAUUCAUGCCCCGGUCCGGGAGGAUCCCACAUGCCGCGGAGCGGCUGGGCCCGUGAGCCAUGGCCGCUGAGCCUGUGUGUCCGGAGCCUGUGCUCCGCAAAAAAAAAAAGAUCACCCUUUACCUCCUCCCCCGCCAUUCCCUUCAGACCCUUCUCCAAGCAGGGGUCCACAUCUAUUCCAGUUAGCACAGGAAAUGCUCCUCUCUUCAAGGACCUUCUCAAUCCCACUGCCCUCCUGCCAGCUCCUGGCAUCCAGCUUUUCAGAUGGAAAUCAGUUCCCAGGAAGGUGAGGCUGUCUGUGCAAAGGCUCCCUGGGGCACAGCACUUGAACCCAGCCACAGCUGUGGGGGGUGGGGUGGGAUGGGAAGCAGCUCCCCUGAGCAUGAGGGGCGAGGCCAAGGGCUUGGCCAGAAUGGGCAUAGCGGGAAGCCCUGAAGGGCAAGGAAGUGGUGGGGCUCCGAGAUGAACAGGGAUUGCUUCUGUGCCCUGGAUGACUGCACUCAUAGUUUCUCAGAUGCUCCCAGAGGACCAAGAACCUUGACGGUAGGCUGGGGUGGGGGGCAGAAGGGCCAAUGCCCUAGGAAUCCAGAGGAACGUUCUGCCUCUUUCCUCCACUGUCCAGCUGUGUAAUAUUGGGUAAGUCUUUAACCUCAGUAGCUUCACCUGUAAAAGAAGAAUGACGAUGCCUGCUUGACUGAAGGUUUGGGGCUGGGCAGUACCUCAGACUGACAGGCAGGUGAACCUGGGAGUAGGCAUGAUCUGAAAUAGAGCAGUGGCAGUCAGGUUUCCCGGGAGGCCCUUUGGAGGAGGGAGGGGAGUGAGAGGAGAAACUUUUUAAAUCUUCAUGGAAAGACCUUUACCCAAUCUAUCUGUGUAGCCUCCACCCAUAACUUUGGGGAUAAGGAAGGACACUGUGUCAGUGGUACUUGCCUUUUUAUCCUCACAGCAGCCUUGAGAAGAUGAUAAAUCCCAUUUUACAGAUGGGGAAAAUGAGGCUAGAGGGUUAAGCGACUUACGCAGGGCAACACAGAUAAUAAAUGGUGGAGACAGAAUUCACACCCAGGUCUUUGCAUCCACGGCACUGCCCUGCCUGGCCCUCAGAGGCUGGACCACUGAGUUUGUUUCGAAUGGUGCCACGUGUACUUGGGCACGGUCCAAAGGUUCCGAUGGUGAAAGAAAGAAGUCUGUAGAAGAGGAGGGGGAAGGAAGGAAAAGAGGCUCUGUGAUCCAGAAUGAUUUAAAUGAAAAAGGCCAGGUGGGGGAAUUCAGCACAGGCUUAAGUUAAUGCACCAGAACGAUAUGGCUGCUAAAGAAAGAAGAAAGGGAGGGGAAGAAAGAAGGAGGAACCGGGAAAAGGUGAGACUGAACUAUUCAAAGCCUGGCGCCCACACCAACAGAGCUCAUAUUUAUGGAGCACCUUCUGUGUUAGGCACUGUUGUCAGUGCUUUGCUAUAUGGUAGGCACUAUUAUUAUCCCUAGUUUUUAGAUGAAGGGAAACUGAGGCACAAGAGGUUGUAUAACUUUCCCAAAGUCACACAUACAGUAAAUGGCGGUGCUGGACUGUGCAGAUUGUACAGCCUUGUGCUGAACUCUGCAUUGGUCAAGGGGGCUUGAUAUGACUUGUCGCAGUUCUGGGUCCUAUCAGGGAGACUUCAAGAACUGCGAGGACUUCCACGGGAAGGUGGACUCAAGAUAGGAAUGAUAUGAUAACUAACUUUUAUUGAGCUCUUACUCUGAGCCAGGCACUAUUCCAAGAGCUUUACACAGAGGAACUGCUGUCAUCUUCACAAUAACUCUAGGGGAUAGACAUUAUCCCCAUUUUACAGAUGAAACUGAGGCAAAUCACAGGAAGCAAAAAGCCCAAAGAAACCCAGGUGUUUCACCUGCAGAAGGGCAGACUUGAGAGGGUGCCCUCCCUCCCUCCCUCCAGCUCUCUGAAGGGCUGUCCUGGGGAAAAGAGAGUGAUGUGAAGGCAGAGAACCCACUGCUGGGCAUUAGGAUGGGGACACCUGCUCAGGUCAGGGUUACACUCAGUGACCUCUAAGGCCCUUCCAGUCCUGAGACUCUGCCAGCCAUUUGGGGCAGAGGACAGGCUAGAGGGAGAAGGGAGACUAGGAAGAAGCCUGGUGGGAACUGUUUGCCCAGAGACCCCCAGAAUAAACCCCUAAUCCCCAAUAAUGGGAAGAAUGGGACGUCCACUCUCUUCCAUCUGCCUGGAACCUGGGCUUGUCAUUCAUAUGACAAAAGUCUAUGGUGGUGCCUGACAGGGGCUGGAAUGGUGGGAGGGAGCUGGCCUCCUACCCAGCUCAACGGACCAUUUGUUGGGCAUCUACUACAUGCUGGGCAGAAACUUUGACGUCAUCUCAUUUACUUCCCUAAAAGGCAUUUCACAAAUGCAGAAACUGAGGCUCAGGUGCAGGUAAGACACUUGCCCGAGGGUAGACAUCUGGUGAGCCCCUGGCCAGUUAAUUCCAGAGUCAGUGGUCAUCUACUGACACAUUGUCCCUGCUCUCCUUGCCCUCCUGUGUAUCACAGCUGCCUCCAUCCCCUUCUCAGGAGGGCCUCAGGGUCCUGGACACCAGACUGGGUGGCUGGGGGUCAAGCUGGGGUGAGACGGGGAUGAAGAGUGGCGCUGGGAUGGGAGUCACGGGGAGAGGGACACAGAGUUAUCGGAUGUCGCGGCCAGGGCUGCAGCGGUCAGUGGGUUGUCCUCUACUUUGGAGGGGUGCUCCGUCCCUGCGGAGGGAGUCACAUCUGGGAGGCGACCCGGGGCGCCCAGGCUCGGACGGAUGCUGCGGGCAGGGGGCGCUGCUCAGGCAAACGUGUGCCGGGUGCCAUGGCGACGGCGCGGCGCGAGCCCCCUCCCUCUGGACGGGGAGGGCGGGCAGCGGUCAACGGGCCGCGGGCAGCAGAGCCGGGAGGGUAGCUGCGCUGCUCGGGAGCCUUCAGGCCCGGCCGCUGCCCGGCCGCCUCCGGGCGGCAAGGGGAGCGAGACCCCGCGCAGGACUGGGGCCUGCGAGCGCACGCCCCUCCGUGCGCUUCCGCCGGGCCCUGGACCAGAACCGCCAAGCGCAGAGGCAGGGGCGCGUGCCAGCAGCCCAGCGCCGGAGACCCGCUGUCCCCUGCAGGCUCACAGGGGCCCGCUGCCUCCCUCCGUUGGUGACUGUCCCAGAGCGGGCCGGAGUGGGCAACAUGGAGGGGGAGCCCUCCCAGCCUUCCAACAGCAGCCGGCCCCCAUGCCAGAAUGGGAGUGAUGCCGAGGCCAACACUGCUGCAAACCUCACCUUCUCCUCCUACUACCAGCACUCCUCCCUGGUGGCUGCCGUGUUCAUUGUGGCCUACGCGCUCAUCUUCCUCCUCUGCAUGGUGGGCAACACCCUGGUCUGCUUCAUUGUGCUCAAGAACCGGCACAUGUGCACCGUCACCAACAUGUUUAUCCUCAACCUGGCCGUCAGCGACCUGCUGGUGGGCAUUUUCUGCAUGCCCACCACCCUCGUGGACAACCUCAUCACUGGGUGGCCCUUCGACAACGCCACAUGCAAGAUGAGCGGCUUGGUGCAGGGCAUGUCCGUGUCAGCUUCUGUUUUCACACUGGUGGCCAUUGCCGUGGAAAGGUUUCGCUGCAUCGUGCACCCUUUCCGCGAGAAGCUGACCCUGCGGAAGGCGCUGGUCACCAUCGCGGUCAUCUGGGCCCUGGCCCUGCUCAUCAUGUGCCCCUCGGCCGUCACGCUGACCGUCACGCGCGAGGAGCACCACUUCAUGGUGGACGCCCGCAACCGCUCUUACCCGCUCUACUCGUGCUGGGAGGCCUGGCCCGAGAAGGGCAUGCGCAGGGUCUACACGGCCGUGCUCUUCUCGCACAUCUACCUGGCGCCGCUGGCGCUGAUCGUGGUCAUGUACGCGCGUAUCGCCCGCAAGCUGUGCAAGGCCCCGGGGCCCGCGCGCACCGGCGAGGAGGCGGCCGGGGAGGGCGGCCGCGGCGCCCGGCGCAGGGCCCGGGUGGUGCACAUGCUGGUCAUGGUGGCGCUGUUCUUCACGCUGUCCUGGCUGCCUCUCUGGGCCCUGCUGCUGCUCAUCGACUACGGGCAGCUGAGCGAGCCGCAGCUGCACCUGGUCACCGUCUACGCCUUCCCCUUAGCCCACUGGCUGGCCUUCUUCAACAGCAGCGCCAACCCUAUCAUCUACGGCUACUUCAACGAGAACUUCCGCCGCGGCUUCCAGGCCGCCUUCCGCGCCCAGCUCUGCCCGCCGCCGUGGGGGAGCCACCGGGAGGCUCCCAGCGGGCUCCUGCGCACGCAGGUCUUCGUGGAGGUGCAGCCCAGCGACUCGGGCCUAACCUCCGAGUCGGGCUCGAGCAGCGGGGCCCCCAGGCCCGGCCGCCUCCAGCUGCACAGUGGCCACGUGGCCCCCCCUGGCUUGGCCGCCGAGGGUCCCGGCUUUUCCCAAACACCCCUCACCAUACCAGCCUGGGGCGUUUGAGUGGGACAUGGAGGGCCGGCCCCUGAACCCGAGGGCCCCGGCUGGACACGUGACACCCAGGCAUGCUAGCGGCCUGGUGUGGUGUUAGCAGAGGGUACCAUGUGCCUCCCUCUCAAAUACAAGGCAGUGAGCAGUUAGUUGCUAGUGGAAUCUUCUUUGCCACCUCCCCCCACAGACAGAGGCAAAGGAGGGUAAGGGGAGAGGAGCCUUGUUCCCCGAAAACCCUUCUGUGUGGUAGAAGCCACCGGCAUCAUCUCACUGAAUUCUCAAAACGCUUUCAGAAUAGGGGUUUUUCAUCCCCCUUCUGAAGACGUGAAACUGAGGCUAGAAGAGAUGCGGCUAGCCCAGUCUCAGCUGGAAACCCUACAGGAGUCUGUGUGCCUCCAGUGCCUGAUGGUUUUGACCAUCUCCAGCUGUCUCCAGAAGGACCCCCGGAAGGUGAACACAGUGAAGAGUGUAAAUCCUAAUUAGGCAGCUGGGAAGAAGCGAAAAGCAAGGCUGGCCUGUCCAUCGGAUGCUUGGUGUCCACGUCCUGGUGACCUGUAUGUAUGAUUGAAGCCACUCCCCUGAUCCCUUCCCAGAACAUAGUGUGUUCUGUGUAGCUUUGUCUUGUUUGUUCCAGGAAGUGUCCAGGGCCAUUCUCUUCUCCCCAAAGUACCAUUUACAGAACGUCAUGUCUGAGCAGCUGCGGAACUAGCCCUGGGGAGCCUGCAUCAGUUUCAGGCACUCUGGGUCUGAGCCCAGAGAAGGGUGGGUCUCUGUCCUCCCUCCUCUACCCAUAGGGCCCACCGCCAUCACGGCGGCCCAGGUGAGAGCUCACAGUGCGACAGGCAGCUGCAAGGCCACAAGAAGCAUCAGUUUAUUAUUCAUGGACAGGAGGAAGGGAGGGCAUAGCACCCAGUUUCAGCCUUCCGAAACACAUCUGCUCACUGGAGCUGCAAGUAUAAGCCUUCCCCAAGGCCUUUUCCCCUGCUCCUUCCAGGCGAUUGCAGGGGAGAAGUUGGCCAACCAAAGCUAUGGUGUCUUCUGGGGCCUCUGGGAUGACAAAAACUAAACCUCUCCCUGGCAUGGAUAACUUGUGUGCCCUAAAAAGGGAUGGGGACCAUCCCUUGUUUGCUCUGGCUCUAACCCAGCAUAUCUGCAUCACCUUGAAGAGAGAGGCUUCUCUCCAGGAGGUGGGAGGAAUUGGGAUCACCUUGUGAUCCUUGCACGGCUCCAGUAAUCUGCAGUUAACUGGGUAUUUCCCCCUCAUCUCUAUAGAAAACGCACUGCUGCCAGAAUUUUAGUGAAUAAAAAAGAAACAUUUCCAGGGCAGAGAAUGUGACUCUGAGGCUCCAGUAGUCUCCUUAAUUGACACACGAUGACUUAAGACUUAACCCUGUUUACUCCAUUCUAAGUACUAGAUGUAGGGGCAGAAGAAAAUUCCUAAGCCACUGUACAGUGUGUUCUCCAAGCAUGUCGCCAGACACUGUCUCAUCUGAUCCAUACAAAUGAGGCUGAAGGAGAUGUUGCUGUUUUACAAAGUAACUGAGGCUCAAAGGGACCAUGUGAGCCACAGAGGGGCAGGGUUUGGGUUAGAAUUUGUCUUCUGGUUUCUUCCCACGCCCCUUCCUUCUUUUCAAGGAAGGUGGAUUGGGGAGGAGAGCCGGAAAUUCCCACAAAGACUUUUUGCCUGAUGGUGAACCAGAAUGCUCACAGAACCAGAAUCCCCACCCUCAAGCUCCUGGUCUGGGAAAUGAGAGUCUAUUGUAUUUACUCUUGUACUAUCUGGCCUGAGCUGUUCUGUGUAUGCUCUCUAUGACCCAUGUACUGAGCAGGCUGCCAAGAUCCGUCAUGACCCCGCCCUGGUCAAGGUGUCUGGGAGUGAUGGAUGUGGGUCUUAGGAAAGGGUGUGCCAUCCUGUCCCUCAUUAGGUAGUGCACGUGUGGGCCCCAUUUCUGGUGCUGUAUCAGUGUUCUGUGUCACAUAGGCCAGAGGAUUCCUGGCUGCUUGCUGUAAAGAACUCUGACUCCAGGCUCUAAAAAUAGACCAGAGAAAGGGCCCUCUUAAACCCAAAUGCUUGUCCCUGUGGCAGGGGGGAAUCUGUUGGGAGACACUGUCUGGUCUCUCCUCUGGUGUGUGUUUCUCCCUUAGCGUGGUCUCCCCAACCACAAAAUCACAGCCUUUACAGCUGGGGGGAGACCAGGGCACUCACCCAAGCCAAACUUCUAUCAAGGCCCCUUUGUUUUACUUCCCCCCAAAGAUGCCAUGCUUUGAAAGAUUGGGCCUGCCAAAACAAAAAACAAAAAAACCCUGCACUAGGCCAUAAUUCAUAUAUUUGCUGUUACUGUUAUUUCUUUUAAAAAAAUCUGUCAAAGGCUAUGCCUGCUGGUUCAGAUUUGAUUUGAAUCAGGCAUGACUUGAUGCUUUCAUGAGGGGUGAGGCCUUGUGGGUUCCUGUGGAAUGUCUGGUUUUUUGUGUAUGUGGCAAAAUAUAUACAAUAUAAAAGUUACCAUGUGACCAUUUUUAAGUGUACAGUUCAGUGGCGUUAAGUGCCUUUGCAUUGCUGUGUAACCAUCACCACUAUCCGUUUCCAGAAACUGGAAACUGCAGUUUCCCAAACUGCAAUUCUGUACCCAUUAAACAAUAACUCCCCAUUCCUCCCUGCCCCUGGUAACCACCAUUCUACUUUGUCUCAGUGAAUGUGAUUACCCUAGGUACCUCAUGCAGGUGAAAUCAUACAGGAUUUGUUCUUUUGCGAUCGGCUUGUUUCACUUAGCGUAACGUCUUCAAGGUUCAUCCGUAUCGUAGUAGGUGCAUAAUUUCCUCUCAAAGGCUGGAUAAUAUUCCAUUAUAUGUAUAUGCCGGUCAUCCAUUCAUCCAUCGAUGGACAUUUGGGUUGCUUCCUCAUUUUGACUAUUGUGAAUAAUGUGCGGAGUUUCAAGAUAUUGGAAGUAGCUCCUGAAGAUAGGGUGUGUGUGAGCCCUGAGGACAGAUGCCGCAGGUUGGGACCCAGGAUCUUUCCCAUCUCGGCAUUUAUGGGUGAUGAAGCCGAGGCUCAAGGAAAGCUAUGAUUUGUCUCAUUCCCCUGUGCCCACCCCAUCUGCUCUGAGCUUCUGUUGGGCUUUACUUCUUGACUAGAGUAGCUAGAAAAUUUUAUGCUCCCUCCAUGAGGUCAUAUUUUACGAAGGUAUUUUUAUAAGUGUAGGUUUAUUAUCCUGGCUGGAAUCCUGUGACCCAACAAACACCUGGGCCCUGUCAGGGGCCUUGUCCAGUUACCCCAAGGCACACAAGGGCAAGCAAUAUGGAUUUCACCCCAUGUGCCAUCCUUUGCCUACAAGCUGGUUGGGUCGCCUAAGGUGACUGCCCUUUCAUAGGCAGCACGUUUGGAAAUGAACUGGAUGUGUGAUAGGGGAAAAGGGCCAGAGGCCUGUUGACCCUGAGCGUCCCCACCCCAGCGAAGCUCCUGAAGGGACUCCGCGUCCUGUCCUGCCGUUUGCAGCAUGAGCGAUCAGUCUAAUCGUGGGUCUGCACUGAGGAACGGCCUCUUGACUUGACCAAGACCAUGCAGCACUCCACAGACCAAUGUGAGCUGGAGGCAGAUGCCCGGCCUGGACCCCGAAAACCAUAAUCUGCCCAGCCCUCUGCCGAGGACUUUCUCUUGGGGCCUGGAGGACACAUGAGUUGACUUAGGUUGGAAUGGAGGACAGAGUUGGCCACUAGGAUGACAGCCCCCCUAUCAUUAGUCUUCUGUGUAUUCAUCCAAAAAUCCAGGUGACAGCCAAACUGAGAGCUGGAUGGACAAAGCAUUGCUGUUAAGCUCUGUACCUUUUUGCAUCUGUUUCCUCAGCUCACCCCUCAGAAGUGCCACUGAGGAAAGAUAGAUGAGAAGGAGGUGACCCAAAUGGGCUUCACUGCAAGCAAACAAUGUGGAAUCAGCAAUAGACUUCUUGUUGAACAAGCCAAUUAUUUAUGUUUCUGGCAUUUUAUUGUUGGUGUUUUUCUCUCUCUACACAAAUACUCCAUUGUGGAAAUUUUACAAAAUUUAGAUAAGGAAAGAGAAGAAAAUAAAAAGCACCCAAAUCCCACCACAAGAGAUAAGUAUGGAAUCAUUUUCUAUGCAUAUAUAUGUUUUAAAAUUUUAUAACAGCUUUAUUAAGGCAUAAUUUGCAUACAAUAAAAUUCACCCAUCUUAACUGUACAUUUUGAUGAGUUUUAGCUAUUGUAUACAGUUGUGUAAUCACCACUACAAUCAAGAUACUUCCAGCAUCCCCCCAAAAUUCCCUUGUGCCAAUUUGUAGUCAACCCUCUCCCCUCCUCCCUGCCCCAGAUAACUACUCAUCUGAUUUUGGAAGGUCAGAUACUUGGAACAAGUGUGUAGCUUUUUGGGUCUGGCUUCUUUCACUCAGAAUAAUGCUUUUGAGUUUCAUCCAUGUUGCAGCAUGAAUCAGUAGUUUGUUCCUUUUUAUUGCUGAGUAGUAUUCCAUUGUAUGGCUAUAUGAUAUUUUAUUUGUCCAUUCAUCAGUUGAUAGACAUUUAGGUUGUUACCAGUUUUUAUGAAUUUAUGAAUUAUGAGUAAUGCUGCUAUGAACAUUCAUAUAUGUCUUUAUAUGUAUAUAGGUUUUCAGUUCUCUUGGGUAAAUACCUAGGAGUGGGUUGGCUGGGUUGUAAGUGUAUAGUUUAACUAUGCAAGAAACUGCUGAAGUGUUUUCCAAAGUUGCUGUGCCAUUUUGCAUUCCCAUCAGCAGUGUAUGAGAAUUCUAGCUGUUCUUGCCAACACUUAAUAGAAUCAGUGUUUGAAAAACUUUCCUGGGACUUCCCUGGUGGUGCAGUGGUUAAGAAUCCGUCUGCCAAUGCCGGGGACGUGGGUUCGAGCCCUGGUCUGGGAAGAUCCCACAUGCCGCAGAGCAGCUAAGUCCGUGAGCCACAACUACUGAGCCCACGUGCCACAACUACUGAAGCCCACGCCUAGAGCCUGUGCUCCGCAACAAGAGAAGCCACCGCAAUGAGAAGCCCGAGCAACCGCAACGAAGAGUAGCCCUGCUCGCUGCAACUAGAGAAAAGCCCGCGCGCAGCAAUGAAGACCCAAUGCAGCCAAAAAUAAAUAAAAAUUAAAAAAAAUUAAAAACUUUCCUGAUGACUAGGGAUGCCGGGCAUCUUUUCAUAUGCUUAUUGGUCAUUCUUACUUUUUAAAAAAUUUAUUUAUUUUUGGCUGCAUUGGGUCUUCAUUGCUGUGCAUGGGCUUUCUCCAGUUGUGGCGAGUGGGGGCCACUCUUCAUUGCAGUGAGUGGGCCUCAUUGCGGUGGCCCCUCCUUGUUGCAGAGCAUGGGCUCCAGUCACGUGGGCUUCAGUAGUUGUGGCGCAAGAGCUCAGCCGCCCGGCGGCACGUGGGAUCCUCCCAGACCAGGGCUCGAACCCGUGUCCCCUGCAUUGGCAGGCGGAUUCUUAACCACUGCACCACCAGGGAAGUCCUGGUCAUUCUUAUGUUAUUUAAAGUGUUUUGAAACCUAUCUUUAGAAAUAUGAUUAUAUUGAAAUGUAAUUCUAUGAUAUGAUUACAUUGUAGAGACUUUAGUACAAAAAUUUGCCCUGAAUCUAAGAGGAAUUUAUCACUAACAGAGGAUUUUCAAACCCAUCAAGAAUGGGUUUAAAGCAAGAUAGAUCCUUUGAAAGGAUCCUGUGGGUAGAAUGUGGUAGGAGUGGAGGACUGUUUUAAUAAGUGAUUAGGAAUGGCCUCUCUGAGAAGGCGAGAUUUGAAUAUAGAUACGAAUGAAGUGAGAGAGGGAGCAUGUGAAUAGCUGAGGAAAGAACAACCCAGACAGAGAAUAUCAUGUGCAAAGGCCCUGAGAUAGGAGAGGGAGCAUGAGAAAGGAGGUCAUGCACAUCAAAAUGGUACUGAAUUUCAAUAAUUACAUUUCUGGUCAACUCAAAACAUUUACCGAGUGCUUAUUAGAAGCCAGGCACAGUGGCACAGUACUAAGUGCUUUGUGUCUGUUAUUUAUUUCUCACAACAGAGCAUAAGCUCCAUGAGAACAGGAGCUAUGUCUAUUUCACUCACUUUUGUGGACUCAGAUCUAGGGCACUGCCUCAUACGUAGGAGACACCCAAUAAUAAAUGUCUGUUGAAUGAAUGAAGUAGUUACAUAAACAGGUAUUUCUUAUUAUUCCAAUAUUAUAG